GCCUUGCUAUCCUUAGUGGUAUAUAUUCAAAGUUAUAAUCCAAUCAAUGGGAAAAUAAGUAGAAUUCACAUGAAAUCUCAAUUAUAUAACUGAAGUAACCAUGAAUUAAAUGUACUUGAAGUAACAUCAGCUCAGUCUCGGGAGCUCCAACACAACACUUCUCCCGGUAUUUUGCUUAGCAAGGGAGUUAUAGCAUUUGGGAACUGUUCCAUGCUCUGCAUUGUCACUUAGGAUCACCCCCUCCUUCCCCCACCCCCAAACACACACACACUAGAAAAACUUUUGUGGGAUUCCCUGACAGCUGACUUUCUCCUGGCUGUCUCACCCACUCCGGAAUUUAAUCUUGUACUGGCCUGAUGAGCAUGUACAGUGUGCUCCAAAUUCAGAGUUGGUCUGAGACAGUUCAGCUCCUGUAGGUUUAAGUGCAGUUGCACUUGUUUUGCUAGGUUUGGAUCUGGCCAUGUGUAUCUCAGCAGACUUUUGAUAGAAGUAGAUUUUUGCCCUGUGGCUGUCUCUUGCUGCAUCUUGUAGACCCAGUGCAGAAGCUGUACAGUGAUUCUGUCUGAGAACUUAGACGGCUUGUGUCAGACAGCUGUGGGCAAGGUCAGUGUAAAGUAGAAUUUUGAAGUGGACAAAGCCACAAACAUUUUUAAAAUGAAAAUUGUGCGUUUUUUAACUUGUAAAACAAUAGUAAGAGGGAUUUCUCUUAAGAUGAGCUGGUGCUCAGCUGGUACCCUGAAACCUGCAUCUUAAUAGCCUUUGUGGCUUGAAUCUGUGUCUAUCAGGCUGAAAUAUCUUACCCUGAAAUGGGUUGGAGGCUGUAACUUGUGAGUCUCUCAGUAGAGGAGAACUCUGAGCAAACAAGCCCUUUGGUCUAUUCCCAGACCGUGGUCUCCAGUGCUGCUGCAGAUUGAGAGUCAUUGUGCUGUAUCUAGCUCAUGAGUAUUGCACAUUGACCCUGUGGACCAACAGAAAGGUCUGGCUGUGCGUUGAACUUGGUUUUGAAGACCCGUGGGCAUCAAAUUUCCAUGGAAUAGAUGUGGUGGCCAGCCUUAGCCGUUUGGUACUGUCGGUAUCCGAGAAGGUAAAAAGGAGAAGUUGCCAGUAGUUGUUAUGGCCCAGUGGGGACGGGCUAUUGCAGGAUUAUUCCCUAUGUUCUCUAAUCCAGUCCAGUUUUUGUCUCAAGGUCUGAGGCUUUCAUUACUUCCCUUGGGAGACACCUUCCUGAUGCUCCUGCAGAAUAUGAAAUAUUUUAAGACCCAAGCACUGAGUUUUUUGGGAGGAGUUGGACCAGAAUGUGAAUCUUUUUGAGGUGACCUCUCUAAACUGUAUGCAGAAUGGAAGAGCUGGUGCUCCCAGUAAUCAAUGGAAGCUUCCCAGUAGAGAGAGAGAGCUGAUCAGUCUAAACCUACCUUCCCUCAGUUUCUUCCCAUUCCUUCCAGUCUAAGCAAUUCUGACCCCCUGGAUGUUUCAAGCCCUAAGAGAAAUGUCUGCCAAUCCCAGUGAAGAUUCAAGCCAGACUGGCCGCCGUUCUCCACAACCAUUCUUUAAAAACAUCUUAAGUCAAGGACAAGCAUCCCUACAAAUAAGGUAAACAGCUUUAAUUUUAUAACAUUUCCAAGCACUAGAUGCGAUGCCAAAAAUAGAACAUAAAAACUCCUUUGAAUCGGCCCUCCCUCCUUAAUAGCACAUUGGCCUCUGAAUUUUUCUCAGGGGAGGUGUGUUGUGCAUUGUCAACCCAAGGUCACUUUGUUUGAACGGGAGAUGCAGUCCUCCCCUUACAUAAGUGUUUCGAGGGAUGCACUCGAGUAACUAGCCUCGGAGUUUAGAGCUGCUCGGAGCUGGAACAUGAGGCCCGUGCUUGCAAUGGCUUUGCGGUGCCUGCUGCUGCUCCUCCCCUCAACUGCUCUGCUUAGAAAAGGAGGCGUUGGGGGAGGACUUUCACUUGCUGAAGAACUGGAAAUAACCUUUUCAAAGGAGUCAGGACUUGGAGAGGAGCGAAGAGAAAAGGAAGAUGGAAGCAUAUAUGAAGGAGCAGAACCCAACUUAAUGCCAUUGACGUCCAAGGCCACCACUGCUACUCGUCUCUUGAAGAGUGACAAGCCAGAUGAUGCCAAAAGAGCAAAAUGCCCUCAGCUCAUCCCUGAGGAGGCAGUUUUCCCAGUUCUGGGGUCACAUUCCAGCCUCCCCCCUUGGCCCGUAGGUGGGCUGGAAGGGCCAGUGUGCAGAGUGAAAAUGGGCAGGAGGUACGGCCUGGGCCAGAGCCACUUGGAAGUUGUGGGGGUCCUUACCAGCUAUGAAAGUGAUUUCCUCAAGGUAGUGAGACGUUCAAGCUGGGAUCAAGGCCAGCUGGAGACCUUUGGAAUCUGUCCUGCUGGGGAGACCCAUCCUGCUCUCCUGUCUCUGAAACACAUCAGUGCUCACUUGGCCGACCCAGGGGAGAACAGGUUCCUUGUGCUGCAUCUUGAAGAAGUGAAGUGGGAUACCGAGACACAGCUCAGGUUUAAGCUGGCUUUUCAAGAGGACGUGGGGCGGUCACUUGGAGAGCUCCAGUCUGCCUUGCUGGUGUUUUAUCCUGGAAGCAAGGAAAGGAAGGGCAGCAAAGCAAGAGAGAAGCUCCUGGCUGCAGGAGAAGGGCUGCACCAGAAUCAGGCUCUCUGCCUCUCCAGGGACACCGAGUACCUGCUGCUUGGGGCCUCAGUGAUGUCUGCCAUCCGCUCACACCGGCAGCUCAGCUUCGACAUUUCCUUGGCAAUCAGGCGUCCCGGUAACGGAGGCUCCCUCCUGCCCCCCCUGGAGGCCCAGCAACUGCUCUUCGGCGCUGACGAGAAGUGUUUCACCAGGAUGACCCCAGCCUUGCUCUUGUUGGUGAAGCCGCGGUGCGAGGAAGACGCCCCGUCCCCGUCUUCCUUCCUCUCAGUGGGCGGUGUGGUGGAGACUGUCCCUUACCCACAGCCCAGCUCGCGCCCUGGUGGCAAGGCCGAGGAGCCAGUCUCUAAUGCAGCUGCUGGCCAGGCCAAUGCUUCGUCCCCAGCGCCCGGCAGCCGUGACCAGUUCCUGGGCAGCCUGACCAGGUUCGUCAGCAGGGUCCUGAGCCCCUCGGGGGAGCCGCCUACUGCCUCCGGCCUCCACCACAAGCUGGACUUCAAGACGAUGGAGACGCUUCCUCACCAGCUGCUCAACCUGUCGGAGCAGGCAGCCCUGGAGCGGCUGGUGCAGUCGGACGAGCCCCUGGUGCUCCUGUUCCCCCAGAACAGCCAGGCGCUGCUGGAGCAGCAGUUUGGGCACUGGCAGCUGGAGGGGAGCCUGCUGCAGCAGCUGCUGGAGAAGCUCCAGGCUGUCAUCCAGGAGCUGAGGGAGAUCCCAGCCUUUCAAGCCAACACGGACCUCUUCCAGCACCUCCUGGCCUUCUGCUAUUACCCCCUGGGCUCGGGCAGCAGUGACCCCACAGAGCUGCCCCAUGGCCACCGGAAGCUGCGCACGCUGCUGCUGCUCAAAGCCCUGCAGACGGUGCGCGCCCACUGGCAGGAGAAGAGGAAGGUGUCCCGGCAGAACCGCAGCGCUGGGCCCCAGGCCUACUGCCGGCUGCAGGAGCUGACGGUCGACCUCCACUACGAUUUCAUCAUCGUCCCUGCGGAAUACAUUGCCAACAACUGCGAGGGCUCCUGCCAGCGCCCGCUCUCUGCCCGCAUCCCCCACUACUCCUCCCACACGGUGCUGCUGCUGGACAUGCAGGAACGGGGCACGCCCCUCCGGCGCAGCCCCUGCUGUGUGCCAGUCAAAUACUCCAGCAAGGAGAUCAUCCGCUUCACCGGGGAGGGCAUGCAGGUCACGACGUACCCCAACAUGGUGGCAGUGGAGUGUGGCUGUCGGUAGAGACGCCCGGCCUGUCCCAUCUCUCCCUGGCGUCCUUUGGCCUUCAGAGCUUGGAGGGAGGCAACUGAGCUGAGGCCAUGG